AUGCGGAGGGCGCGGAUCAGAGGCCGAGGAGGGCGACGACGGGCGACGACGGGCGACGACGGGCGACGCAGGCGGUGGCAACGACGAGGGCGCGGACUGGGAGGGCCGGUGUCGAAUUUGCGAACGGUGUAUAUUGGGGGCGUGGAUCGCGAGCGGUUGUCGCUGCCGUCGGCGGGUGCGGCCAGAGCAGGGGCUAGCAGGGGGCUAACGGCGGCAGACGGCGGCACGCUGGGGUAUUACUGCAUCCGGCCGCGGCCCCACACACGAUCAUCGCCCGAUCCCGAUCCCGGUCCAGCCCCUCGUCCGAGUCGCGUCUUCGUGUGUCCGCCCGCGCUGCAGCCCUCCAGUCCGUGCAGACCGUGCUCGUCGCCGCACACCCGCGCACACACCCCCGACACACGUGUUUCAUCCGCCGCUGGGCGUCGCGCCGUUUCACGCUGCUGUGCGGCCCUCCCUCUUUUGUUUUUCCCUUUUGGCAAUUCAUUCGUGUCGCGGGCUGUCGCUGCUCACCUCCGCGAUGCGCUCCACUUCCUGCCGUUACGUCUUAUUGACAAUCCCGCGAUCCAUGAAACCUCGCCCGGCCCUUCGACAUCGAGACCUCCUCCGCCACCCGUAAAACCCCUUCUCUCUUUCACCUCUCGCUUCCCCUCCCUCAAAACGCCCCGCCCGCUCGCCCGACUCCCUCCAGCGCUCCCUACUAAUACUCCCACCACCGCUACUACUCUAUCUCCAGCUGUCUCCUCAACGACUAGCUUCCACCCUAGUCAAAGUUACAUAUAA